UUGACCGAUUCGAAGCCGAGUUUUCGUACACAGCAGUCGCGCUUGCGGCCACUAGACCAACGAGGAAUAUAGAAACAUGUACUUAUGUUCUAAAAUUGUUAUCCUACUCUAAAAACAGGAAAACCUAUAUUUAAACGCCAUAUUAAAAUGAUGAAUCAUUUAUAAUUAAGUUAAGUACUUAUUUAUGUUCCCAAUCAGUUUAACCAGUCUUUUGGUACAUGUAGGUUAUACUGCAGUUUAUGUAAAAAUGUUCGGAAUAAUUUAUUUAACUGUGGUAUUCGUUUUUGUGAAUUCUGCGCGAUCGACUGAUGGAUUGAACGUUUGUCAAGUUGUUCGACCCUUUGUUCCGUUGGAUACAAUAGAAAUAUUACCAUAUAAGUUUGCUUAUGACUACAGCGAGGAAUUGAAUAUGUUUUUAAGCUUAACUGAUGUUUGUGAAGAAAUAACAGCCGUGCGUUUAAAAACUACAUCAGGAGGGAUAGAGAGAAUAAUAUGUUUAACUAGCCCAGAAAACGGCUUUUAUCAUAUUCAAGGCUUGUUGGAGGGUGAAGUAUCAAUAGUUAUGGAAAUUUAUACUAAUUCUAUAGAUUUUCCUGUUAAAUGUGUGCUAGAAUUGUCUGGGGGCAAGGACAGAUGGUUUUUUGAAUGGAACACAAACAGGUGCAAAGAACCACCCUGCCUUCUGAAGAUAUCGCUGCAUGAAUAUUGUACAGGUCUGAUCGAGAGACUCAUAAGGCGGACCAGUUGUUCAGAUUCGUGGUACGAUCAUUUAUGGUGGUCCGAGAAAAAUUGUAAUAAAAACUGUGAUUUUUCAUUGAUAUCUGAAGCUUUCUACCAAAGUCCUGCGGGAUGUCACGGAAUUGAGUCAAACUUUACAGGAUAUAAUGAUAGUUCAGAUACAAAUACUAUAACAACCGUUGCUCCAAAUGAAAAUAACAAUACAACAGAGAAUUAUACAGAAUUUGAAAAUAAUUAUGCAGAAUCCAAUAACACAGCAUUUGAAAAUAAUAGUGAAAAUAAGAAUAACACAGCAUUUGAAGACAAAAAUACUUUAAAUAAUGAUACUUAUAGCGAUAACAAUACUGCAAAUGAAACCAAGGAACUGAAUAGACAAAAAAAUCUAACGGCUGCAUUAGCUUAUGGCAUAGGAGGCAUGGUUGGCGCAUGCGUUGUGGCAUUUCUCGUCUAUGUUUGGGUGAGGCAGCGUUGUAAUAAGCCCGAUGUACAAGCAACAAUGGAACUGAAUACUUAUUCUACUGCAAAUCCAGUACUGUAUGCAGAUUUAGAAUUCGCGCGAUCUGGCAAUACGAAUCGAGUGCACGUCGAAGAACCUUACGCCCAAGUUAUUGGCGUUUUGAAACCUACGAAAACGUAAUAAAAGGUGUAAAAAAAAUGCUUUGAAUUAAAGUUAUGUGGACCAAAUUAACUUAAGCUAAAUUCUGAUUGCCAAAUAAGAUAUUACAAGCUUUUUCUGAUGGUUUUAUUUACCAACUCGCAAAAUAUUAUAAAACAAAUCAGUCUAGGCAUUAAUUAGGUGACAAGUUCACGUAAAUUUACUUCUACAUAUAAGUAGGUAUAUGAUUUUUUUUUCAGUUAGCAUUCGAAUUGGAGUCAAACAUAAUAUCUGAGGUAGAUACACCAGUAAAUGAAAUUAAAAUAAUACAAAUUA